AUGCGGUACGCGACGGUAGUAUUUGUGGUCUUCUGCACGGCAUACGUCAGAUCAGUUCCAUUCAUCCACAAAUGCAAGUCAGACGAUUCAAAAUGCGCAAAAGAAUCUGCUCAAGCGGCGAUACCUAUAUUUGCCGCUGGGCUGCCGGAAUUCGGUGUGAGAACGUUGGAUCCCGUCACCUUUCCAAGGAUAGAUGCUAGUUCGCCAAACUUGAAACUCAUCCUUACUGAUGUAACCAUUAAGGGAUUGAAAAAUUGCAUUGCAAAAAAAGUCAAACGCGACAAACCAAAAUCAAAAUUGUUCUUAAAAUUUCAAUGCUCAGGCGUUUUAGAUGGUCAAUACGAAAUGAAAGGGCAACUGCUAAUUCUACCAAUCGAAGGCAAAGGUCCAAUUCAUGUCACGUUAAGAAAAGCUGAAAUAAGCGUGGAAAUGGACGUGGAAGAACAAAAUGACAGGUGGAACAUCAAAAAGUGGAAACAUUCGUACGAACUAAAGGAUAAUUCAGAAGUUGUUUUUGGAAAUCUCUUCAAUGGAAAUGAAGUUUUAAGAAAUGCAGCGCAAGAAGUUAUAGCUAGCAGCGGUAAUGAAAUUAUCAUGGAAGUUGGUCCACCCAUGAUAGAUGCUUUAGUUGAUGUGGUGGCCUCAGAAAUGAAUAACUUCUUCCAUAAAGUGUCUGUAACGGAAUUGUCCAUAGAU